AUGGCGGCGCAUUUCGCGGUAGGCCCGCAGGAAGAUGACGCCAUCAUACGUCAGCGGCUGCUCACCCGGACCUCCGUCACUCGCGGCGAGCCGCCGAUGAAAAAACUCCUAAAGAAGUUCCUCGCUUUCACGUCAGAAGCGGUGCGGCCCGACAGCAGCAUAAUUGACUGCGAGAGACUAGCGCGCUCCGUGCUGCACGAAUUGGCGGGAUUUGAGCAGCCGCUCGCCAUGUCUCGCGCCGUGAUCAACGCUAACCGCAGGGAGCAGGAGCACUUUCACGAGCUGACGAAACAGCUAGAAGCGGAUAUUAUCGAGGCGGUGGCGCGAGUGGAUAGCCUGAUGGCGGAGGAGGCGGAGGCGCGGAGGCAGCGGCAGCACGAGGAGGAGUGCGAGCUGGUGCGGCGGCAGAUCGCCGCGCAGCCUGCGCGCGCGGUGUCGGAGGCGCGGAUCGCGGCGCUGGAGGCGGAGGUGGAGGCGCUAGAGGCGGAGAACGUGGGCGCGGGGCGGGUGGUGGAGCUGCGGCGGAAGCAGUUCGCGCUGCUGCUGCACACGAUGGAGGAGCUACAAGGAGCAUUGGAGGAGGACCCUUCAAGAGAACUGGCGGCAGUGGUAUCAUACACUUGA